CUCAGCUCCGGGGAAUAAGGAGUAGAAAUGACUAGAAAUGACUAGAAAUGAGUAGAAAUGAGUAGAAAUGGAGCUGUUUGGGCGGAACAAAUGUCAGCAGCGGCUGAUUUUGUGCUGGGUUUUGUUUCUUCCAGUUGUUUUCUGUUUCAGUGAGUUGUCUUUUGUAACUGAACCCAAUGACAAGAGGGCAUCUCAGGACGAUCAGGUAGUGAUGGACUGUUUGGCACAAGGAGAACCACCCGUCGACGUCAGGUGGCUGAAAAACGGGGCAGAAGUUCUAGAGAGCGAUCAUAUUCGUUUCUUACCUAACGGAUCUCUGUAUAUGUCAUCUGUAAGCAGAGGAGUAGAACAAUCAGACGAAGGCUUGUAUCAGUGCCUUGCUCGCAACAAAUAUGGAGCCAUCCUAAGCCAAAAAGCUCACCUUACAAUCUCAAGUAUCUCAUCCUUUGUGACUCAGCCCUCUCCUGUGGUAGUUAAUCAGGGUUCUGUUGCUAGGUUUGUCUGCAGUGUCAAUGCCAAUCCACCAGCUAUAAUCACAUGGGAGGUCAACCAAAAACGUCUGCCUCUGGAAACAGAGAGAAUUGUUGUGUUGCCAAAUGGAGUUUUGCAGAUCCAUGAGGUAAAAAUGAAGGAUGCUGGGCUUUACUGCUGUGUCGCCUCCAACACUGCAAGUCAGCUAAGAAGCAGGGAGGCUCUGCUUUCUGUCAACCCAGUGUCUGGACCCAGACCACUCAUGAAGCCCCAGAUCAUCGCAGGACCCCAGAACAUCAGCGUCAGUCUGCACCAGACUGUUGUUCUUGAAUGUGUAGCGGAGGGCAACCCUCGCCCCCUGGUGUCUUGGAGCAGGGCAGACUCUAAGCCCAUAGAUGUGUUUGGGGUUAAAGUGAUGGGAAAUGGGAAUCUGGUCAUUUCUAACGUAAAAGCCCAUCACAGUGGAGUUUACGUGUGUAGAGCAACAACACCACGCACACGUAACUACACCACUGCUGCUGCAAACCUUACUGUGCUUGUGCCUCCAUCGAUGGUAGAGAAGCCUGAGAGUCAGACUCGGCCCAGAGCCGGCACAGCUCGCUUCAGCUGUCAGGCAGAGGGAAUGCCAGCUCCUCGCAUCAAGUGGCUGAAAAACGGGGAAGCUAUUCAGUCCAACGGCAGGAUUAAAAUGUACAACAGUAAAUUGGUGAUAACCCAGAUCAUUCCUGAGGACGAUGCUAUCUACCAGUGCCAGGCUGAGAACUCUCAGGGCUCAGUUCUGUCCAUGGCAAGGCUGAUUGUGGUUAUGUCAGAGGAUCGUCCCAGCGCUCCCCGAAACAUUCAUGCUGAGACCAUCUCCAGCUCUGCCAUCUUACUGGCCUGGGAGAGGCCUCAGUACAAUGCAGAUAAAAUCAUUGCCUACUCAGUGCACUACAUGAAGGCAGAAGGUCUGAAUAACGAAGAGUACCAAGCAGUGAUUGGAAAUGACACAACUAGCCACAUUGUGGACGAUCUGGAGCCGGCGUGUAAUUACACGUUUUAUAUAGUGGCUUACAUGCCCAUGGGCGCUAGCCGUAUGUCGGAGCAAGUGACCCGACACACUCUGGAGGAUGUGCCUGUCCGUACCCCUGAGUUAAGCCUUACCAGCCGAAGUCCUUCUGAUAUUCUGGUGUCGUGGCAGCCUCUUCCUGCCAAGCUAAGUCGUGGACGUGUCGCUGCCUACCGCCUGUCCUUCCGCACUGCCGCUGAUGAACAGGUGAGCUCAGUUGAGCUGCCUGGAAAUGGUGAGAACUCCACGCAGUACUUGCUUCAGGACCUUCAGCCGGACACCAUCUACCUGCUGCGUAUUGAGGUGUCCACGCGUGUGGGCUGGAGCCAGCCGUCGGCCUGGAGCUCUCACCGCACACCCAAAACCUCCAAAGCCACAGUACCAUCUGCCCCUAAUCUGGAGUUGGAGCCCUUUAACUGCACUUCAGUUUCUGUACGCUGGCAUCCUGCACCCAGUGAUGCUGUCAUCCAGGGUUACAAACUCUCCUGGCAUCCUGAUGGCCAAUCAGAAAGCUCGAACGUUCAGCUCCGCCCUCAAGACUACCAAUAUACAAUUGCAGCGCUCGAUCCAAGGAGAAAAUAUCAUGUGAAGCUCCUAGCCUUCAGUGCUCAUGGUGAUGGCUAUCAAGCACAUCAGAUUGUCAGCACUACCGGCUGUCCUUCUUCUCCAAACAGGAGGUUGGCCACAUUACCUGCUCCGGACCACGUCCAUGGUCAGACCAACAGCUCCUCAUCGGUCAGCCUCAGCUGGGGAAGACCUGCCUUCAGUUCUGGAAGUUCAGUCAGCUAUACUGUUCGCUAUGGCCCUGUGGCUCCGUACAACGCUUCAGCUGUGCGCUAUCUCCAAACGAAUGAACAAACAGGAAGGGUGGAGGGCCUGAUGUCUAAUACACGGUAUGAGUUUGCUGUACGUUUACACAUGGAUCACAUGUCCAGUCCCUGGAGCUCUCCUAUAUACCUGAGAACUCUUCUGGAAGCUCCGUCGUCUCCUCCUCUGGGUGUGAGAGCCAGUCUGAUAGAAGAAGACACAGCAUUGGUGUCUUGGAGGGAGCCAGAACAGCCCAACUUGACCGUGAGCCAUUACACCGUACUCUAUGCCCCGCAGAGAGCAUGGCUAACAGGACACUGGCAGGUCCUACAGAGAGAAGGAAGCAACACUAUGGCUCUGUUAGAGAAGCUGGAGCCUGGUAAUGUUUACCUGGUGAAGAUCUCAGCCUCAAACCAAGCAGGUGACGGCCCUUUCUCUGUCACUGUGGAACUUCCUGUGCUGAGGGGGAAAACUCACCCAGUCAAAAACCCUCGCCAUACCUACAGCCAGACUAAAACUAUAGGUGGUGUCUAUCGUUUCGACGAGAAAUCUAUGACAGGGAUUACGAUCGGUGUGUGUAUCGCACUGGCCUGCAUUAUCACCUGCAUCUUCAUCCUCAUCACUAAAAGCAAAACAAGAAAUUCUUCCACCUCAAAAACGAAUGGACAAAUGAGUGGUGAGGUUGUUCAUAACGUUGUGCCGCAAGCCAAUCACCUGCGGCCGGAGAACGUGGAGGUUUUGGUACCGAUGAUGGGAAAUCACUACGUCGACUCCAAGGGCGGAGCAGCUUUGAUUAUAAAUCGUGACGGACCCAUCGUCAGUAGCAGACGGGACCGUCAGGCGAGGAAGUGGAACAUUUUCAGAUGUGCAGAAAAACACACUCCGAAAAAUAUCCAGGCGGUGGAACGAGGGUGUUUCUACGAGGUGGGGAAGAUGGUGUUGCAGUACGAGCAGGAGCACGGCGGCACGUGUGUCCAGCCCUCCUCGUUACAGGUCUUCUAUCGACCACUCGGGGAGUCUGAGAGCUCUCAGAGCAGCGAGAACAGCGGAGAAACAGCAGAUUCCGGAAACUUCUCUCAGGACGAGACCGAACCAAACGGCUCUAACGAACGCGUGGAGAAAAGGAACAACGUCUCGGAGAACGUCGGCGACGUAUCGAACGUCGCUGUAAAAAUCUGUCCACAGGUUUCAUCGUGAAACGACUUCGCUUUUACUUCCCUCACUUAAUCCCAGCUGCCUUUCUCAAGCACACUACACAGCCAGUUUAUGAAACAUCUUUGCACAUUCUCCAUCUCAGGUUAUGCUGCUCAUCAGGAAAUGGAGCAGAGUUCUCUUUAUGUGCCAAGGAGUUUCUCUCAAACGACGACGACACCUUCCAACAUGCCUUGAAAACUUUCUCUGAUCUGUUCACGAAGCCUCCAGACGACUUCACGGAGACUUCACAGAGCAGUGGAUCCUUUAGUGGGAUCUGAUUAUACCUAACAAAUGUACUUCCUACUAUCUUUGUCUUCUUCUGUUUGAUCAGAAGGAAACAUGCCUCACCAAAUGAUGAAUGUUUUUUUAGGCUCUAGGAUGUUUCCAUUAUUUGUGAAUCCUCUUUUGCUCGCUACCUACCUCAGUUUUUUUUUCCCCCAUACUCAACUCCUCUACUUAUCGAGUUGCAGUGUUAUUUAUUUUAAUAUACCUCUGGCUUUACGUCAUUUUAUCCGGAGCUGCUUCAGGGCCAAUUCGCAGCGACGUCCUCGCGGACGGACUGCCGCCGGAGCCGUACUACUUCGCUCCAGCUUGAUAUUUCUUAUCGUUAUUUUUAUUUUAUAUUGCUUACUUUUCUCAGUACUACCUCGUAAACAGCAGUUGCGUUGUGUGAAUUAUUAGCGGAAAUGAUUUGCCACGUUGAUGAAGUGUCGGACUUCUGUUUUUAUUAACGGAUCAUAAGUGUGGUCCCUUUUGCUUUUUGGUACUUUAUUUAAGAUUUGAAAGCUUUAAUAUUUUGUCGCAUUUCUUUGGAAAUCGUUUUUGUACAUGUUUGUUUUCCGCGGCGGGUUUUAGGUUCGGUACGCUUUGGUAGUACUUAUUUCU